GUUGCUUGUUAGCUAGGCUAGUAGCUCUUGAGUCCCUUAAGAGAGUCUCUCACAAUAGGGACAAUGUCCAACGAAGAGAACGACUACUUGGAUGGACUGGGCGCUGUUGCUGGCACUACUACUGCUGCUGGCAAUGGUAAUGGAAAUGGAAAUGGUGUUGGUGAUGGUGAUGACGACGGUGGCCUCGCAGCUGUUAAUAGCGAGCCCAUUCUCGGUGGCCAAACAAUGGCACAAAUUAGUUCGAACUCACAAGUCGAAGGAAACGUUUCGCCGACUGGCCAUCUGGAUGAUAACGAUAACCAAAUAAAUCAUAAUAAUACAGCUAGCAACAGCCACAACUUUGAUAGCAAUCGCAACAGUCCCACAAAGAGUCCAACAUCACGACGCGCCGGCAGCUCCACAAGCUUUCAGAUCCAGCAUCACAAUGCACAUAACUAUGACGAUGAUGAUGAUGACCUAGCAACCGGCGACUUGCAGGCUAAUAACACUGCAGCUGCAGCAGCUGUUGCUGCGGCUGUUGGUGGCGGAAUAGGACGUGCCUCCGGCGGUGGCAUACCAGAUUAUUGGCAACAGCGCAACGGGGCAGCUGGGUCAAUUAGUGGUGGUGCUGGUGCACAGAGCGGCCAUCAGAGUCGUGCACUUAGUCCCAGCUAUUUGGAUAACAUGAGCGAGAAUUCGGAGCAACCGCCUGUUGUGCCACUUACACGUUCCAAAUCGCGUCCAGAAAUAUCCAGUGCUGCUGCCUCUCGUUACUCGAAUCUCUCAUACUGGAAGGCACGACGUGUUGUCUUCUAUCGCAAUGGCGAUCCAUUCUUUCCGGGCGUGGAGCUACGCUAUCGGCCAGGUCGAGAUGUUACCUCGCUGGACAAUCUGCUGGACAAGAUCUCACCAAAAAUGGAUCUGCCGCGCGGUGCGCGAUAUGUGUUCUCCAUGGAUGGUGAUCGUAAAUAUCAUCUGGAUGAACUGGAGGAUGGCGCAUUCUAUGUGGUCUCCUCAUUCAAGGCCUUCAAGCCUGCCAGCUACGGUAAAAAGAACGGCAUGUGGUACGCUUCACCCGGAAACCAGGGCUGGGGCUCCAAGCCCGCCAGCCGAAAGCCUUCAAUAAUGGAAGCGGAUUUGGGCACAUUGUCGACCACAUCGGGUUCGAUAAAGCGCAGUGCUGGCCGGGUGAUACGCAUCAUCAAUAAUUUGGAUCAUUCCGUGCAGUGUCGCGUUUUACUUAACUUACGCACUUCGCAGCCGUUCGAGGAAGUGCUCGAGGAUUUGGGUCAAGUGCUAAAAAUUAACGGCGCCAAGAAAAUGUACACAGGCACCGGGCAGGAGGUAAGGAGUUUUUCGCAGCUACGCAACGAGUUUGCUGAUGUGGACACAUUUUAUUUGGCCACGGGCACCGCAUUGAUUGCCGGUUCGCCAAUUCGACGCUCGCGUUCGCGUCCCUCGGUGGUGGCCGCUGCUCCCAUCCUGCCCACAGAAGAGCUACCAAAAGUUCCAUUGCGGGGCACGCGACCCCGCAGCAAGAGCCGGCCACGUAUUCUGUAUGCACCGGAGAGUGAGAUACUGAGACCGAACGGCGAGUACACCAUGCUGGACAUUAUGAAAGAGGAGCCCACAAAAGUCACCAUACGCGGCUUGAGACGCACCUUUUAUCCCCCAGUUCAUCAUGCGCCGGCAGAGAAUUCGCCCCCAGACAAGAAACUACAGCUACAAUGGGUCCAUGGCUAUCGAGGCAUCGAUGCACGCCGCAACUUGUGGGUGCUGCCAACGGGAGAGCUCCUCUACUAUGUGGCAGCUGUGGCCGUUCUGUUCGAUCGCGACGAGGAUGCACAGCGUCAUUACAUUGGUCACACAGAGGACAUUAUGUGCAUGGACGUACAUCCAUCACGGGAAUUGGUUGCCUCGGGUCAGAAGGCUGGACGGGAUCGCAAGUCGCAGGCACAUGUGCGCAUUUGGAGCACGGAGUCAUUGCAGACGCUCUACGUCUUUGGAAUGGGCGAGUUGGACACUGGAGUUACCGCCGUGGCUUUCUCCCAACUGAAUGGCGGCAGUUAUAUACUUGCCGUGGACAGUGGACGUGAGAGCAUUUUGUCCGUCUGGCAGUGGCAGUGGGGCCAUCUGCUGGGCAAGGUGGCAACCCUGCAGGAAGGCCUGUCUGGGGCCGCCUUUCAUCCGCUGGAUGAUAAUCUAAUCAUCACCCAUGGUCGCGGCCAUUUAGCGUUCUGGCAUCGCCGCAAAGAUGGCUUCUUUGAGCGCACAGAUAUUGUCAAGCAGCCGUCGCGUUCGCACGUUACCAGCGUACAGUUUGAGCCAGAUGGCGACGUGAUUACCGCCGACUCUGAUGGCUUUAUCACCAUAUAUUCCGUGGACUCGGAUGGCGCUUAUUUUGUUCGCACUGAGUUCGAGGCCCACAACAAAGGCAUCGGUUGCCUGAUUAUGCUGGGUGAGGGCACUCUCCUGUCUGGCGGUGAGAAGGAUCGCAAAGUUGCUGCCUGGGACUCACUGCAAAAUUAUAAGAAAAUUGCGGACACAAAGCUUCCCGAGGCGGCCGGUGGUGUGAGGACCAUCUAUCCACAGCGACCGGGUCGCAACGAUGGUAACAUCUAUGUGGGAACGACGCGAAACAACAUCUUGGAGGGUUCGCUGCAGCGUCGUUUCACCCAGGUCGUCUUCGGACAUGGCAGACAGCUGUGGGGCCUGGCCGCCCAUCCCGAGGACGAGCUGUAUGCGACGGCUGGCCAUGACAAGCAUGUCGCUCUCUGGCGCAAGAACAAACUCAUUUGGACCAUACAAACUGGCUACGAAUGCGUGGCAUUGGCCUUCCAUCCGUUUGGCACGGCUUUAGCUGCAGGCAGCACUGAGGGCCACUUGCUGGUCAUCAACUGUGACAACGGAGCGGUCAUGUUGACGCUGCGUGUUUGUGGAUCCCCUUUGAAUUGUGUUUCCUACAAUCAGGUUGGCGACAUGAUUGCCAUGGGCUCGCAAAACGGAAGCAUUUAUCUAUUCCGUGUCUCGCGCGAUGGCUUCUCGUACAAGAAGGUUAACAAGAUACGUGGCUCGCAGCCGUUAACGCAUCUGGACUGGAGCAUGGAUGGCAACUUUGUGCAGACAGUGACCAUUGACUUUGACCUGCUGUUCUGGGAUGCAAAAUCAUUGUCGCCGGAGCGCAGUCCCAUUGCCAUGAAGGACGUCAAGUGGUUGACCAACAAUUGUACGGUGGGCUUCUUGGUGGCCGGCCAGUGGAGCAAUCGGUACUACAGUAGCACCAACACCAUCAUAGCCACCUGCAGUCGGUCGUCUGCACACGAUAUGCUCGCAUCUGGCGAUGCCGAGGGUUAUCUACGCUUGUUUAGAUAUCCAUGCAUCUCGCCCCGUGCCGAAUUCCACGAGUCCAAGGUCUACUCGGGCAUGUUGGCCUGUGUGCGCUUCCUGUGCGGAGAUCACACUCUCAUCACUGUGGGCGGAACAGACGCUUCGCUGAUGGUGUGGGACAUUGUUGAGGAAUAGCUGAAAUGGCCACCGUGGCGCCCAGCUGCACAAUACGAUACUCGAUAUCAGGAUUAUUGGCAGAGACGCAGAGUCUCGCAGGUAUCUUCGACGGUACUGGACAGUGACUCUGUCGAUUAUCAGUAGUCGAUUGUGCAGCCUCGCUUGCAUUAAUAAAAAAUAAAUAAAACAAAAGAAAAAACACAAUAUCAAUUGGCCAGCAAAACAUUGGCAUAAAAUACUUAUUAUAUUAGAUAAAAAUGCACAAUUGAUUGAUAAACUUAGCAAACAUAUAGAUGUACAAACACAUGUACGUGUAUGUAUACAAAA